AUGGAAAAAGAAGUUAAAUCUCCAACGAAAGUCACUGUUAAAGUAAAGGCUUUGAAGAAAAGUUCAAAGCCUAUUGUUACUAAAGAUGUUGAUCCUUUGAAGGAUGUGCUACCUUCGAAGACUGGUGUUUUGAAAAGGCUCAAGAAAAUGGCUCAUCGUUCUCGCCAUUCACCUGAAAGAUCAUCCAAUUUUUCUCCUUCAUACAUUCUUUUGUUACCACCAUUUAUAGUACCCACUACGUCCCAUAUUCCUUCUGCCACUUAUUCUCCUACAUUUGAUAUUGUCUUGCAACAACCUUUGAUCACUUUAUUCCCAUUCCAAUCCACCGAUACACCACCAGUUCAAGACACAAAAACUGAUGAAGAAGAGUUUCAGGGUUCCUUUGCAGAAAUUGAGUUUGAUUCUGACAAAGAAAAGAUCCCAGAUCACAUGAUCAUGUCUGGAAAGCAAUUUAAGAUCUUGAAUAGGAAACUUAAUUAUCUUUUACAGUUUCAAGCAAAUGCAGUCAAUAAUCAUUCUAUCUCAGGAAUUGAAGUGGAUGUGAUGCUUAAUGCUCAGGAGCAUUGUAUUCAAAGUAAAAUUGAUAGUGUGAAUAGAGAUCUUGAAUCCAGGAACAAAGAAGUAAAGACUGUUCGUGAGAAUGUUAAUCUUAAGAUUCAAGAACUUCAUGAUGAUAUGGCGAAGGAAUUUGCUGAAUUAGGUCACAAUUGUUCUAAUCUUCACAACAAGGUGGACAUCCUUGCUGCUGCAAUCACGAAAGUAAUGGAAUGGCAUACCACGCUUCCUUCGCAAGUUGAUAAGCUUGGUUAG